UUCUUCACUUCCUCACUUCGGUCACACUGCUGCUACCAUCUGAAGAGCAAUUUAAUUUUGCUAAAUAUUAUUAAAUAACUUUAACUUAAAGUGAAGUGAUUUUUAACUGUCAAAUCACUCAGCAUGUACCUCUCGGCCCAAUUGAGACUGCUAUCCAGAUGCCGUCUGACGCGUCACAUUGCCAGUGGCAAUGGCACACAUUACACAAUCGCCGCAUCGCCGGCCACUGCCGCAAAAGAGGAAGAAGAGCACAUUGAAAUUCCCAAACGGAUUCAGCGCUCGUCAACAGAUCUGCUGCAGGCGUUGGCCAGCACCGUAGGACGUGACUCGACGGCGCCGCACUACAAAUACCACGAUGAUCCCUACCUGAUACCCAUGUCGAAUGUGGCCAAGCGGACCUAUGCUCUGUCCAAGGAGGCGGGACGCAAGGCGGCCAAUUGGAUUAAGGAGGAGCAUCGCGAACUGUUCCUGCAUCAAGAGGCGCAACCGGCCAUUGAAAAGUUUGCACCAUCCAUGGUCUACACGGAACAGUCCGAUGUGGAUGUGGACUCCCUCCAGCAGCUGAUUGAUCAAGGUGAGCUGACGGAUGCGACGCUGGUGUACAACUUGCUGGAACAAAAGGGCGUCGCAGUUAGUGAUGCGCUCAAGCAAAGUCUUUUGGAGCUGGUCUGCUUUUACAACAAUCAGGAACCACUGCCCGAGGAGUAUAUCGAAGAGCGCUGGUUCCUGCAGAAUAGUCGUCGGCGUGAGCGACACGGCAAGACAUGGAAAGAUGGAGAUUUGGCCGAGAAACUCUAUGAAGCCAUUGAGCCAAAGACUCCCCAAUCCUAUGCAGCCCUCAUCCGUGGCAUGGCCAAGUAUUUGCAGUGUGAACGUGCCUAUGCGCUGCUCCAGGAGGCGAAUGAGAGGCAGAUACAACUGGACACCAACACCUACAAUGCCAUAAUACAGAUUGUCAGCUAUCUGAAGGACUCGGCCGAUCAGCGUUGGCAGCUGUGCUCGGAGUUGCUACAGCAGAUGGCCGAUCAGCAGCUGCAUCCCAAUCUGAAUACGCUGAAUGCGCUACUCGAAUGCAUCAGUUCCUUUGGCAAUUUCAAACUGGCUCGCAGCUCAGCGCUCAAGUUGCUGGCUGAAUUUAAGCAGCUGGGCGUGGUGCCCAGUUUAGGCACCUAUUAUUACCUGCUGAUCAUAUUCUGUCGUGAGCGUGCUCCAGUCUCCCAUGUUAUUGUGGACAUUCUGAACGAGAUUGGAGGCAAGGAGUUUAAGAUUCAGCAUCCCAAGGACACGUAUUUCUUUGCAACGGCUAUGGAUGUGUGCCGCAAUCAUUUGCAUGACAAGGCGCUGGCCAAGAAGGUGAAUGACCUACUGCACACGGGCAGCAAUUACGAUUUGGUUGGCGACUCCUUCAAGGAGUCCAUCUACUAUCGCAAUUAUCUGGCCCUGCUCUGCCAGACCGAAUCGAUUGAGGACUUUAUGCAGACCUACGAUCUGCUAGUGCCCAACAUAUACAUCCCGGAGCCGGGCAUCAUGGAGGAGAUACUCAGAGCUGUGGAGAUCAGUGGAGCCGUUGACCAGGUGCCUCGCAUAUGGUCGGACAUGGUCAUCUUUGAUCAUACGCAUCGCGAGAGUCUGUUGCUUUAUGUGCUUCGCAUAAUGGUCGAUAAUCGUCCAAAUGCUGAACUGCCCGCCCAGCAACAGCUACCCGAGCAGUGCGCCAAGGUCGCCCUGGACAUGUUCAACAAAAUCGAGGAGUCGGCGAAACGCAUCCGCAAGGUCUCCUUCACCGGCCAAAUGCUGGGCAACAUUCUCACGCUGCUCGUGCGGGACGCCGGCAACACCAGCAGCUUCGAGAAGGCCAGCGAGGUUUUCGCCUACAUUGACAAACAGCAGCAUCGCAUUCCCGGCACACCAGCCGACUCCGCCCUGCUCGAAUACGUGGAGGCGGCCGUGGUGCAUAAGGCGCCCACUCAGGCGCUCGCCGCCCUCCAAUAUGCCGUGGAGAACAACAUGGAGACGAGUGCCCUGGCAAAGUGCAUCCAUGAUGGCUACACGCUAAGCGAAGUGCAUUUGGCCAAGUUGAAGUCGCUCGUCGGUGAAGGCUUCCUAGAGAAAUAAAAUCCUAUCGGUUGUCUGAUUAAAUUCGUUUUGUAAUUGCAAUAAAUACAAAUUAGUUUAUAAUUA